AGCUUCUGUUGUUUUUCUGUGUUGGGCAAAAAGAAGGCCACCGAAGGCAGAGCAAGCAGCCGUUAGCUUCCCGCCAUUCCCUCCCAGCCUCCCCUUUGAUGGCCAGCCCUUCCACCCCUCCGAGAAAGGUUCCCCCGCGCACCCCGUCGCCCACCCGGACAUCUCCCCGACCCCGGUUUGCUGCGCCUGCGCGUCCGCGUCGUCCCCGGCGCGCGAGGCCCCCCGUGUCGCCGUCGUCCCCCUCGCCGACGACAUGGGAAACUGCUGCUGCUCGGGGUCGUCGUCCGCGGAGCCCGCGCUGCCGCCGGACUCCUCCGCCGGCUCGUCGUCGCGGCCCGGGGGCAGCGCCACCGUGCCGCCGCCGACGUCGGUGUCGUCGUCGGCGACCACGGCGCCCACGCAAAACAAGCCCCCGGCCGCCAUCGGCCCCGUGCUGGGCCGCCCGAUGGAGGACGUCAAGAGCACCUACACCAUGGGCAAGGAGCUCGGGCGCGGGCAGUUCGGCGUCACGUCGCUGUGCACGCACAAGGCCACGGGCCAGAAGUUCGCGUGCAAGACCAUCAGCAAGCGGAAGCUGUCCACCAAGGAGGACAUCGAGGACGUGCGGCGCGAGGUGCAGAUCAUGUACCACCUCUCCGGCCAACCCGGCGUCGUGGAGCUCAAGGGCGCCUACGAGGACAAGAGCUCGGUGCACCUCGUCAUGGAGCUCUGCGCCGGCGGGGAGCUCUUCGACCGGAUCAUCGCCAAGGGCCACUACACCGAGCGCGCCGCCGCCUCGCUCCUCCGCACCAUCGUCGAGAUCGUCCACACCUGCCACUCCAUGGGCGUCAUCCACCGCGACCUCAAGCCCGAGAACUUCCUCCUCCUCAGCAAGGACGAGAACGCGCCGCUCAAGGCCACCGACUUUGGGCUCUCCGUCUUCUUCAAAGAAGGGGAGGUGUUCAGGGACAUCGUCGGCAGCGCCUACUACAUCGCGCCGGAGGUGCUGAAGCGGAGCUACGGGCCCGAGGCCGACAUAUGGAGCGUCGGCGUCAUCGUCUACAUCCUGCUCUCCGGCGUUCCGCCAUUCUGGGCAGAAUCGGAGCACGGCAUCUUCAAUGCCAUCCUGAGAGGGCAGGUCGACUUCACCAGCGACCCAUGGCCGCGCAUCUCGCAGAGCGCCAAGGACCUCGUCAGGAAGAUGCUCAUUCCUGACCCCAAGCAUCGGAUUUCUGCAUACGACGUCCUCAAUCACCCGUGGAUCAAAGAAGACGGCGAGGCGCCUGACACGCCGCUGGACAACGCCGUUCUCGGCCGGCUCAAGCAGUUCAGAGCUAUGAACCAGUUCAAGAAGGCUGCUCUGAGGGUUAUCGCCGGAUGCCUGUCGGAGGAGGAGAUCAAGGGGCUCAAGGAGAUGUUCAAGAGCAUGGACUCCGACAACAGCGGCACGAUAACCGUCGACGAGCUGCGGCGAGGGCUGGCCAAGAAGGGCACCAAGCUCAGCGAGGCUGAAGUCCAGCAGCUCAUGGAAGCUGCCGACGCCGACGGGAACGGGACGAUCGACUACGAGGAGUUCAUCACGGCGACGAUGCACAUGAACAGAAUGGACCGGGACGAGCACCUCUACACCGCGUUCCAGUACUUCGACAAGGACAACAGCGGGUACAUCACGAUGGAAGAGCUGGAGCAAGCCCUGAGGGAGAAGGGGCUGCUCGACGGCCGAGACAUCAAGGACAUCGUAGCAGAAGUCGACGCCGACAACGACGGGCGGAUCAACUACACCGAGUUCGCGGCGAUGAUGAGGAAAGGAGACCCGGAGCCAUCCAACAUCAAGAAACGGCGCGACGUCGUCCUGUAGAGGCCGGAGCUAGCUAGUGCGCUGCGCACGGCGGCGUGGAGCUCUCAGGAACAGAUCGAUCGCACGGCUAGCUGCUGGCAGGAAUAUUCAUGGUGGCCCGCUGCACGGAGAGACAAACGCGUACGUGCGUUCUAUCUCUCUCUGCACAGAUGUAUGUAUAGCGCGAAUGCCCGCGAUGGGAAGGGGGGGGGGGGGGGGGGGGGGAGUCAACGAGCAUUAUUGUGAAAAAAUGCCAAUCGGGUGUCGAUUGUUCUUGAGACUUGAGUGCAUGUUGUUACUCGGAUGUAUAAUAGACAGUUCAUAUUGUGUAUCUGACGUCUCGCGGUAUGGAUGGUUCUUUUUAGGAAAAA